AUGAUUGAUAUGUUUAAUUUUGGCGGUAUAAGAUAUGAAGGUUGCACUUUGAAUGACAGUAAAGAAGAUCCUUUUAUAAUAACUCAUUGGUGGAACAUUGAUAGUUUUUGUUAUUUCUCUCAUCAUUUUAUUAGUAUUCCUCCAAAAGUAUGGAUUGAUCAAGGACAUGCUCAUGGUGUAAAAGUUUUAGGUACUCUUAUCACAGAAUACAAAGAUGGAUUUUUAUUGUGUAAUGAAUUAUUUACAUUUAACAGUAAUAUUGACAACUUAAUUAAAUGUUUGGUAAAACUAACAAAACUUUGCAACUUUGAUGGCUGGUUAAUUAAUAUUGAAAAUCCAUUAAUUGAUGGUAAAGUAGAUCAAAUGUGGAGUUUUUUGGAAGUAUUAACUUCUGAAUUAAAAAAAUUAGAUGAAGGAAAUAUUGUGAUUUGGUAUGAUAGUGUAAUUGAUACAGGAGAAUUAAAGUGGCAAAAUGAAUUAAAUGAACACAAUGUGCAAUUUUUUGAUGUUUGUGAUGGGAUUUAUUUAAAUUAUUGUUGGGAUGGUAAAAAAUUAGAUAGAUCAAUGGAAUUAGCAACACCAAAAAAAUGUAAAAAUGUAUAUGUUGGUAUAGAUAUUUUUGGGAGAAAAACUUUUGGCGGGGGUGGAUUUAAUGCUAAUGUAGCUAUGGAAGAGAUUAAAAAAAGAAACAUGUCAACGGUAUUAUUUGCUUUAGGUUGGCUUUGUGAAGCACACCAAAAUACAUGCAUUUUUAGACAAAACGAAAAAUUUUUUGAAUUAAUAAAACACUAUCUUCCUAGUAGAAGUAUUAAGAAACUACCAAUAAAGACAAACUUUAAAAAUGGUUUUGAUAUUGAAUGUAAUAAAACAUUUUGUUAUGCAAACAGUGACAUUCAACCUUUGAUUCAUGAUAAAAAUAAUAUCUUUAGAGAAACUCCAAAAAUGAAACCGUCAGGGGGAUUUGAGAUUACUUUUAAAAACCAUGAAAAAUUUGGGAAAUAUGUAGUUUGGUAUUUUGAAUUCAAUGAAUCAGAAAAUAAGACAUUCAAUUGUGAAAUUAGUUAUGAAAAAGUUAAAGGGAAGGGAGAAUUAAUUGUUAAUUUUACAAAAGAAUCUGGAGAAACAAUUAACCUUGAAAAAAGAGACGUUACAUGCGAUAAUAUUUUAAAAGUAAUGUUCAAUGCGGCACCAGCGUCUUUAAAAAGUGUAGUUUUGAGCUGUGAACAAGGAGAAGAUUCAGAAACAACAUUUCUAGUUAAAGGUUUUUCUCUUUCAUUAAAUAAUUAA